AAUCUAUUCCUGUCCAGCCCUUGCUCACAGUCAUCAUGGCAGGGAUGGAGCUCGCGCCCUUCAGACCGUGGGGGGAUUUCUUCCCUGGUUUUGACAGCUUCUCCAAACCCAACGUGUCUGAUUUAAGCAAAUGGAAUAACAGAGUGAUCAGCAAUCUGCUUUAUUAUCAGACCAACUACUUUGCAGCCGCUAUCGUUGUAAUUCUGAUUGUCGGGUGUCUGAACCCGCUGGGCAUGUUUCUUGGUGGGGCGGUCGUGGCUUUGGUCUUCAUGGGCUCGGUGUGGGCAGGAGAGAAUAAAGCUGUGAUCAAGAACUUCAAGAAAAGAAAUCCCACCCUGUUUGUUGUGGGUGUCCUGGGAAUCAGCUACUUCCUGUUGUCCCUGUGUGGAGGAGUGAUGGUGUUUCUCUUUGGUAUCACAUUCCCCAUGCUCUUGAUCCUCAUCCACGCUUCUCUGAGACUUCGCAGCAUGAAGAACAAGUUGGAGAACAAGAUCGAGGGUGUUGGCCUGAAGAAGACGCCCAUGGGAGUCAUACUGGAUCUCCUGGAUCAACAAGAAGAUAAAUUUAACAAAAUCCAGGAUUUCUUGGAGAGCAAGCUGAAAGAUUGAGCAUCAACCGCCUCAGUGUCCACUACAUGCCGCCACUCUUUCUUCUUGAGUUGUUUUGUGUUUGACAGCCAAAUACCAAAAUCAAAAUAUCUUUUUAAAUGCCAAAGUAUGACGCAUACAUGUUUGUCACGUCACAAGGAACUGAUGACAAUGCUGUGUUUGGUUCUUGCUAGUAUGAGACUGUCUGUCAAACUCUUGUGCUAGCCUGCUUCCAUUAACAUUUAGUCUAUUUUUUUUUUUUUUGGUUUUUAUACAUGAUGAAUUAGAAUAAAAAGUGUAUGCUUUGUAAAGUUUGAAUGGAUUUCUAUUGACAGAGUCACUGAAAGCACUUUGAAAUAUUGUGGAUUUGGUCAUACCUUAUUUUUCCCCUGUGGUGAAACGAUCAGCGUUCUUCUAUUGCACAUUUGUAAUAGUAAUGAAAUGUUUUCAUUUGAGCUGAAAUGAUAUAUGAUUGAAGAGUGUGUAUUGCAUGUUUUGUUUCUUCUUUUAUUUUAAUUUCUUUGGCUAAUGCAAGCUCUGCAGUGAACAAACAUUUACAUGCUUAUGCAAUCAAUGCACAAAAUACGGUUUGUUUGCUGUUUUGCACAGAUUUAAUAAAGGUGGAAUGUGGAAACGUG